GGUUCUCGCCCUCUGAUUGGCUAGCCCGACCGGAAGUAAACAUCAUGUGACUCGGGACAUCAGCUGAUCCGCCGUAGACAUCUUUACGAGUCACGACUGCGGCGAUUAAUUCAUACCUCCUCGUCUGUGAUUUUCGGGCCCCCGCGGAUCUUUUGACAGCUGCAACCAUGGCGCUCAGCGAUGCCGAUGUCCAGAAGCAGAUCAAGCACAUGAUGGCCUUCAUUGAACAGGAGGCCAAUGAGAAGGCAGAAGAAAUUGAUGCAAAGGCAGAAGAAGAGUUCAACAUCGAGAAGGGCCGUCUGGUCCAGACUCAGAGGCUGAAGAUAAUGGAAUACUACGAGAAGAAAGAGAAGCAGAUCGAGCAGCAGAAGAAAAUUCAAAUGUCCAACCUGAUGAACCAGGCCCGACUGAAGGUGCUGAAGGCCCGGGAUGACAUGAUCUCGGAAAUGUUGAGUGAGGCCCGUCAGCGGCUCGCUACUGUCGCAAAAGACCAAGCCAGGUAUCCAGCUCUGUUGGACGGAUUGAUCUUACAGGGAUUCUAUCAGCUUCUGGAGCCCAAAGUGACAAUUCGCUGCCGUAAACAGGAUGUGCAGAUGGUACAGGCUUCCAUCCAGAGGAAUAUUCCCAUAUAUAAAGCAGCCACAAAGAUCAACCUGGAGGUCCGCAUCGACCAGGACAACUUCAUCUCCCCAGACGUUUCUGGAGGUGUUGAAAUCUAUAAUGGUAACGGGAAGAUAAAGGUGGCUAACACCCUGGAGAGCAGACUGGACCUCAUGGCUCAGCAGAUGAUGCCUGAAAUUCGGGUGGCUCUCUUCGGUGCCAACCCAAACCGCAAGUUUCUGGACUGAGUACCUCUACUGUAUUAGAGAAAAACUCUCCUUUUAUUUUUUAUUUUGUCAUAUGAAACGACGUCAUUCCUCUGUCUGUGAAAUGAAUUUCCGAUGCAAAAGAGACGCAUUGUUGUUGUGUGAUGUAUUGCUGUAUUUUUCUGUGCAUUAAGGGACAUGAUAGACGCUGCAACUCCACAUUACAGAUGUGCGUCGUGUGUACUGCACAGUUGUAACGACUGGUUUACUCUGCUGCUUCCCUUUUUUUGAGGGUCUCAGUUUACACAGAUUAGUCCGGCACGACGAGGUCGGGUCAUUGGCUGGAUGUUUAACAGAUUGUCCUCUAAUUGGAUCAGUUUUCAUGACAAACACAGCAUCCGUGUCACGUCCUCUAACCCCACAUUAUAAGUUGCAUGGGGCAUUGUGUUGCUAAUGGGUGUCUGCUCCAACCAAUCACAGAGAAAAAAUAGCAUCCUAGAAACCAAACUGAAGCCCGGACAUGACCUUUACAGAGUUAAUUUAUUGAUGUUACAUCGACUGUAUGUUGUGUUCUGUCAUCAAUUAAACGAGUGGGGGGGUUAUCAUUCCAGAGGGUGCACUGUAUGUAUAUGAGGUUUCCAGAUUAAAUUAUACGUAUGUGUGGUUGUUGUUUUGUUUUUUUGUUCAUCUCUUCUUCUUUUUUGAUCAUGUCUCAAACUUAAAAUGUUAUAUUGUGGAAAUGUAAAACCUAAUAAAAUAUAAAUCAUUAGUAUCA